GCCACCGCAACCGCCGCCAUCACCGACCAGGCUCUGUGGCCGAGGUGGCGGUCACGGGCUGCAGACAUGUCCAGCCCCCGGAGAAGCGUCGACGGCCGCCCAGCGGGCUCGGGAGCGGGUGCGGGCGGUGGCGGCAGCCACCCCGGCAGCCCCGCUCACGGGAGCCAUGGCGGCAGCGGCGGCAGCAAGUUCGAGUUCCAGUCCCUGCUGAGCAACCGCAGCCCCGGCGCCGAGCCGAGCUCAGCGUGGCUCCGGGCCUCCGAGAGUCCGCUGCACCGUCGCGGCUCCUUCCCCUUGGCCCCGGCCGCCGCGCCGCAGCCGCCCCCGCCCCCGCUGCCCGAGGAGGACUGCAUGAAGCUGAACCCUUCCUUCCUGGGCAUUGCUCUGCGCUCUUUGUUGGCCAUUGACUUGUGGAUGUCCAAGAGGCUGGGCGUGUGCGCCGGAGAGAAGUCGUCCUGGGGCAGCGCCCGGCCCCUCAUGAAGCUGCUGGAGAUCUCGGGCCACGGCGUCCCGUGGCUGGCCGGCACCGCCUACUGUCUGUACCGGAGUGACAGCUGGGCCGGCCGAGAGGUCCUAGUCAACCUGCUCUUCGCUCUGCUCUUGGACCUGGUCUUGGUGGCGCUGCUCAAAGGGCUCGUUAGGCGGCGAAGACCCUCGCACAACCAAAUGGACAUGUUUUUCACGUUCUCGGUGGACAAGUAUUCCUUCCCCUCUGGCCAUGCCACUAGGGCCGCCCUAGUGUCUCGGUUCAUCUUGCACCACCUGGUAUUGGCUAUUCCGCUGAGGGUGUUGAUAGUGCUGUGGGCCUUCAUCUUGGGCCUCUCGAGGGUCAUGCUGGGAAGGCACAAUGUCACAGACGUAGCUUUUGGAUUUUUCUUUGGUUACAUACAGUACAGUAUAGUGGACUAUUUUUGGCUGUCUCCUUUCAAUAUCCCUGCUGUUUUUGCUCUGUGGAGUCACAAGUAAAUAAUUUGAUUGUAUAUGGGACCGGAAGAUACAAAGGCUUCCAGGAUGAAAAGGACCAAAGAUACACCAGCACCCAUCUUGCUUAGCUCUUGUAGACAUUUUGGACUUCUUUUGGAAUUUUGAGUCUAAAUGGAAAGAUGUAACUCCUGCCAUCUUGAUAGUUGCUAGACUGAAGCAUGUGCCAGCCAUAAGGUGAACACAGCCAUAUUAGGUAAAUAAAAUAUUUAUACAAGGAGAAAUAGAUAUAUAUAGAUCUUCAUUAACAACUCUGUCAGCAAAACAAUAGCAAAGGAACCAAGCAAUUUUUCUUGCUGUUGACAAAUAAUUUUUUUGAAAUUUUACAUCAGUGUAUAAUAUAAUUCCACACAUCCCCCAUACAUGGCACUUCUUUUUAAAAGGAGAAAACGGGGAAAGAAGUGUUAACUAGAAUCAUAUUUUGCAUUAUUAACAUGCAUUAAGGUGAACAACUGUGUUGUCCCAUAGUAGAUUUCAAACAUGAUUUUAAAAAUGUAAAAUAUAGGGGGCAGCCAGGUGACGCAGUGGAUAAAGCACCGGCCCUGAA